ACUUCAGUUUCUAUCAGUUUCACCAUUGCUCUCUACUGUAGAACUGAUCAAUUUUAUCCUCAGUUUCACCCUUGCCCUCUACUGUAGAACUUAUCAAUUUUAUUAUGAGAAGGCUGCAAUUAAAGCUGACCGGAUUUCCUCAAGUAAUAUUGAAUCCCAAAAAUGCUGACUCUCAUCAUCUUCUUCCUCUCACUCCUCCAUGUCCUCAUCCCGACCACCACCUCCUCCCCUACAACGCCACUGACUUCAUCCUCAAUCGUGAAGACUUUCCUAGCAUGAAGUUGGAUGCUUCCCAGGGAUUUUUCAAGUGAAGUCUCAUAACUACUGAAUCACAAACAUUUUAUUUGGCUUUUCUAAAGUUUUGUUGCUUUGAUGGCCAUCACACUCAUUGAUCCAGGACUCAUAGAUUUCAGCCAAAGACUUGCAGGCCUUCGCCACUCUUUUCCCCAUGAAUUUUCGUCCAUAGAUCAUAUAUCCAAAUUCACUUCCUUUCAAUCAGUCUCACCAUACAGUGUUCUACGGUGGAAAAGUCUUACUAUGUCUUCCUUUAAAGAUGGGUUUUAGAUUAUACCAGUACAGGUAUUACCAUGCUUUACAAAAUGAUUCCGCUGUCUCUCACCACUUUCCUCAUCUCUCUCCUCCAUGCCCUCCUCCUAUCUGCAGCUGUGGCUGCUUACAACGCCACUGACAUCAUACUUCUAGACUGUGGUGCAACUUCAAACACUACCUCAUUGGAUGGCCGCAACUGGGAGGCUGAUACUAAUUCUAAAUAUUCGUCAUUCAAUGACCCAAAUGCAUCGUUUUCUUCAUAUGCCUCCCGCCAAGUCCCUUAUGUUCCCCUAGUUCCCUAUCGCUCCGCACUUAUCAUUCACUCUCAGUUCACCUUUAACUUCCCUGUACUACCCGGUCCAAAAUUCCUCCGUCUCUACUUCUACCCAGAAACAUACUCUGGUCUAGACAUAGCUACAUCCUUUUUCUCCAUCACUGCCAACAGUUACACCCUUUUGAAUAAUUUCAGUGCUUCUUUGACGAUUCCAACCAUGGUUCCUCCUGCAGCCUCCUUGAUUAAAGAGUAUGUUGUCAUAGUGUGGGACAGCCAGAUGCUUAAUGUAACCUUUAUCCCAUCACCAGGCUCUUUCGCUUUCAUUAAUGCCAUUGAAAUUGUUUCCAUGCCAAGCCUUCUAUAUGCACGCGGUAGUGAAUUCCCACUUGUGCCUUUAGAGGGUGGCCGAUCCUUCCCUUUGGAUAACACCACUGCUCUCGAGACUAUGUACCGUCUCAAUGUUGGUGGAAAGCAAAUUGAGAGCAAGGAUGAUACUGGAAUGUACCGGACAUGGAGUCAAGAUGGGGAGUAUUUGGUUGCAUCAAAGUGGGUUACUGUCUAUAAUUUAUCUAAUGCAGUGAUUAAAUAUACCCCAGACACGCCAGAGUAUAUUGCACCGAAAGAGGUUUACACUACGUUUCGUAUCAUGGGCUAUGAUUCCUGGAUUAAUAUGAAAGCCAACAUGACCUGGAACUUCAUCGUUGAUGCAGGGUUCUUCUACCUCGUCAGGCUUCAUUUCUGUGAGCUUCUAGCUCAAGUCACUAAGCGAAAUCAACAUAUUUUCAGCGUACUCAUCAAUAAACAAAUGGCGGACGUUUAUUUUGUGGACGGCCGCUCUGGGAUUCCGAUUCAUAAAGAUUAUAUCAUUUUGGUUGGGAACGGGGCCAAAGCGAAAGAGCUCCGACUAGAUUUGCAUCCUGAUACUAUUGAUCAAUCGUUGUAUGCCGAUGCUUUCUUGAACGGCUUAGAGAUUUUCAAAUUGAUUCGAACUGAUGGUAGCCUAGCAGGGUCAAAUCCUGAUCUAAUCCCCAGUCCUCAACCACCGAAGCCAUUGCAUGAAAGUUCAAAAAGCGAUAAAAAAUCAACAAUUUUGCCAAUCAUUGGAGCUAUUCUCGGUGGUUUUGCUAUGGUUUCCCUCCUCGUGAGCUUUUUCGUUUUUCAAAGACAAAGAAAACUGAAAAACUCGCUCUCUUUCACAUCAAAGUUCUUUACCACAAAAACUUCCUCCUCGUUACCGUCUGAUAUCUGUUGUCACUUCUCAAUUGCCGAGAUCAAAGCAGCCACUCAAGAUUUCGACGAUACGCUUCUAAUCGGAAGUGGAGGAUUUGGAAACAUUUACAGAGGGAUUAUCAAUGGUGGGACCACCAUUUCUGCAAUCAAACGGUUAAAUCCUUCAUCAAGGCAAGGGGCCCACGAGUUCCACACCGAAAUUGCCAUGCUUUCAAAGCUUCGACACAGGCAUCUUGUUUCUCUGAUUGGAUACUGUGAGGAUCAGGGUAAGAUGAUCCUAGUGUACGAUUACAUGGCACGUAGCACACUUCGUGAUCAUCUCGACAAAACCAAGAAUCUGCCAUUAUCAUGGAAACAGCGACUAAAGAUCUGCAUUGGGGUGGCGCGUGGGUUGCACUAUCUCCAUAGAGAGGCAAAGGAGCGGCUAACAGAAAAAUCUGACGUGUACUCUUUUGGCGUGGUCUUAUUUGAGGUGCUGAGCGACAAGCCACCGGUCUUCCAAAGCCUUUCAGAGGAGAAAGUGGGCCUGGCCCAAUGGGCCAGCAGUUGUUGUCAAAAAGAAAGCCUUGAUGAAAUCGUGGACCCAUAUUUGGCAGGUCAGAUUGCGCCGGUGGCCUUGCAAAAGUUCAGUGAGGUCGCGGAGAGUUGUGUUUGUGAACGUGGAGAUGAACGUCCGACAAUGAGGGAUAUCGUGUGGGCAUUGGAGUUUACAUUGCAACUUCAGGAAACCGUAGAAGAAAACACGAACGAUAGUGAUGCUAUCAUCACCGAUGAGCGUUCAAGUGAAAACAUGGUAAAAUCUCAAUCCACAUCAAUCCACGGUUAAUAGUUAAUUCAGAAAUUAGGAAACAGAAUUUCAUAAUAGUUACUGGUAUAAUUUUUGCUCAAUUACUAGUAGAUUAAGAAAUACCUAUUAGUAAAUGAUUUGUUAAAUUUAGCUGAAUGUGUGAUUAGUUGUGUAAGUGAGAGUGCAUAAAACUAUUGCUUGUUG